UUGAAAGUACAGUCUGACGUCUGGGCUGUUCAGCCUGAGCAGCUGCUAGAGCUACAAAGCCUUUUUCAUCCUCUGCCAGGAUGGGAGUGAUACAGCUUCCCAACCCAUUUAGGAUCCUGUGUUUUUCUUUUCAUGCUAUCCUCGUUCUGCUUCAACACAGUACUGCAGAAAGAGAACUGAAGUUUGUGGUUGUAGUUUUCCGACACGGUGACCGAACACCAGUUGUAAACUUUCCAACUGAUCUACACAAAGAAAGUGAAUGGCCCCAGGGAUUUGGACAACUUACCAAGACUGGAAUGCAGCAGCUAUUUGAACUUGGACAGUACACGAGGGAAAGAUACUCCAACUUUCUGAACAGCACAUACAACCGGCAAGAGUUUUACAUCCAAAGUACAGAUUAUGAUCGCACCAUUAUGAGUGCCCAGUCAUACCUUUCUGGCCUCUUUCCACCAACUAGCAGCCAAAUUUGGAACCCUGAGCUUCUCUGGCAACCCAUUCCAGUUCAUAUUUUGCAAAAAACAACAGACCGGAGGCUGCAUUUUCCUCUGCCUGACUGUCCCCUUUUUGAUGAACUUCAGAAUGAAACACAAACAUCUAGUGAAUUUCAAAAUAGAAUACAACCAUACAUGGAUUUUUUACAAACAGUGGCAGUUAACACAGGACUUGAACUAAAUCAUCUUAAAAUACUGGACAAUUUCCAGAUCUGGAAUACAUAUGAUACUCUACACUGUGAGGGUAUUCACAAUUAUACUCUCCCUGUAUGGGCCACCAAAGAUGUAAUCGACAAGCUGGAAAAACUGGCAGAAUUGUCCUUACUGUCGCUAUUUGGGCUUUAUAAAACAGAAGAGAAAUCACGACUACAAGGAGGUGUCCUUGUAAAUGUUAUUUUAAAUAGUAUUAAACAAGCUGCCAAUUCUUCAAAACAAAGAAAAAUGGAGGUCUACUCUGCACAUGACACCACAGUUGGGGCCCUCCAGAUUGCUCUCAAUAUUUUCAAUGGAAAACUGCCACCAUAUGCUGCUUGCCAGUUUUUUGAACUCUACCAAGAAAGCAGUGGGCGAUAUAGCAUUGAAAUGCAUUAUCGGAAUGACUCUUCAAAGGAUCCUUACCUACUCACCCUGCCAGGAUGCACCUCUUCUUGUCCGCUUGAGAAGUUUGCUGAACUAGUUUCUCCUGUGAUUACAGAAAAUUGGUCAAAAGAAUGUGGGAAGAAAGACAAAAUGAAAGAUAUUUUUAUCGGAUUUGACGUUGCUGUUGGCUUGUUGUUCAUUUUUGACCUUGUACUGCUUUACCUCCUUUAUCAUUAUGGACGCUGCAGGCGCAGAAACAAUUACCAAGACAUUUAACGGGGAGGUAAAGAAAUGAAAGAGAGAGCAGCUAGACAUCAAGCAAUCCUUUAAGUUGCUUAUAUCCAUCAGUUUGCUCUGGCCAAAUUAGUCUCCAAAGCAUAUUCAAUAAAUUUGAAGAGCUGAGGUAUCUGUGAGCCUAGCUCCUGAAAGACUAAACAUCUGCAGUGAGAAAUACUGUAGAAAUACAUUAUUGUUAAGAAUUUAGUUUUGUAGGAGGAUGGAAUUACUCCAAUUUAUAUCUUUAGGUUUUCUACUACUAUUAAUCACUCUUAAGUCAACCAGUGGGGUGAAGGGAUGCUAUUGCCUAUGCUUUUUUUUUUUUUAUAUUGCCUAUUACCAUUUAGCCCUCUGCUGCUCAGUGAGUCUUUCUUGAAAAUUGCAGCCUGUAAUAUUUUCCUUACUUCUUGUAAAUGGCUAUUAUUUUGUUGAUGCACAGGAAAAUGUUUUCAGUGAACAGAAGCUGCAAUUACUGUGUUUAAAAGAUUCAUACCAGCACUUGGGCAUAUUGUUUCUGCAUUUAUUCAUGCAAAUCUAUGCAUGAGUUUUGACCUCGGCCUUCAGCUAAUAAAGGUCUGCAGCCUGCUUUUCAGAGGAGUUACACUACUAUAGCUCUCACUGAAAUUAGUAGAAACUGGGGGGACCUCUGUCACAUAUGCAGGCAUCAAGCAAGAAGCUUAGUGCAACAGUAUCUUGGUCAGUGUCCACAACUUCAGUAAUAUGGAUAAGUAAAUACAUUAAAAUCUAUUUUCUGUUGCUAUGCUGCUUUCCUAUUUUUCUGAGCUCCCAGUCAUGAAUGAUCCUCUGCCCUGCAUCUUUUUUCUACAAUGCAUCUGUUCUCUGUCCUGCUUCAGGUCCCUUCCAUAAUUUUAUUUCUUUGAGCCACUCUUACAAUAAUUCCUCAAGCUAUCAUUCUGUUCAUCACCUUUCAUUUUAAUUUACAAUAAAUACUUUAACUCCUUGCUCUGUUCAAAAUCCCUUAUGUUUCAGUGCAAGACAUGCACUGAAAGUAAGAAAACAAUGAUUCUGCUUUUUGUAUGUUGAUCUCUCCUGUGCAAUAGAUUUUGUUUAGAUUGUAAGGUCCUAAGGGCAGGGUAUGUAUUUCCAUAAUUGCUCUCUUGUAUCAUAAACUAGUAUCGUAAGCACUAAUAUUGCUGUAUAAAAUACUGCUUAUUGUCAUAUGUUUCAAGGGCUGAAUCAAGAUUUUUUUAUCCUGUAGUCCUGCAGAGGAUACUGUGAAUUACAUUACCACGGAGAAGCCUUUUUAAAAACCAAGACAACUAUACAGAUAGGUGCCAACAGCAGGUCCAGCCCAGCAGAUAUAAUGAGCAAUCAUGUGCUCAAGUUAAUGGGUCCUGUUGAGGUGCAGAAGUCUAGAGAAAGCUGAGAGAUGGAGCCGCUUAGCUCAGGCACAGCAUCACAUCACUGUGAAUACACUGCUUCUGGACUGACUUUGACUCACAUCUGUGGGCUGCAACUUGGAGCCCAGGAGCUUGGGUCAGCUACCACUGAUCUAGAGAUCAGCCCUUAAUAUUAUACAUUUAAAAUGUGAUUUAGGUAGAUGUAUUGAUAUUAAAUAGCAUAAAUCAAACAGAAUAGCAAAGGUUUGUGGGAAUAUAGCACUUUCCAAACAUCAUAGCAUUUUCUGGUAGUAACUUCAACUACUGAGGUGUCCACUUUUUGAAGCAGUAUUUCCCACUCAGUAAAAAGCUUUUACUAGUAUCCCUGACAUUUCCAUUUUAUCUAUUUUAGGAAAUAUCAUAAUCAAAUGAUGGAUUUGAUUCUUACAGGGUAAGGAUCUCUUAUUGUAUAACAAUUCGGGGCAAAGCUGUCAAAAAGAUGAAAGGCUAUCCUUAAAUCACAUGUUUUGGAUGUACAAGCUUCAGAUUGUAACUAGUAGUUCUAUCCUCAGUGCAAAAACUUAAAGGUAUGUCUAUAUUGCUGUCACAAGCAUUACAGCAGUUCUAGGAAACAAGCCUGAGCUGUCUUGGUUACUACUAGCAUUGUACUGACAGUGGGCAAAAGCUCAGGACAAACUGCAAAACUGAUCCUGGCUCCUGAAUAUACAUAUAUAUAUACUCAGUGAUUACCUGAUACUGAGCUCUGUAUUACCAUGGCCACAGCGCUGCUGGUACUCACUUAAGGAUAGACUGAGUAUGUCUUUUAUUAGAGGCAGUCAGAUGCUUGACAAGUGAAGAUGUAUCGUUGACUGAUAGUGUGCAGUAAGAACUGUUUUUGAUAUAUUAGGAAGGCAGUUGGUUGCACUCCACAAGAAGUAGAAUGGGGCAUGUUUUCUCCAAGAUUGCUUCUUACAAAAAAGAAGUACAUCCAGACAGAAAGUAAAAUGUGAAGUGUCUGAGACAUCUUUUGUGGUUUAUGCUACUCCAAGCCUAAGCUGUUACAGAGAAUUUCAGGAGGUGAGGCAAGUCUAGCUGCGGCAGGAGCUGUCAUGAAGUAAUUUUACUGUAGGGACACCUUUUUGUUAACAGAUAGUCAUACUUGAAAAUGUCCAUGCACUUCCAGAAAGGAUCCAUUGAACACAAGUUACACAGAAUGUAAUGGAUAGGUUCAGAUGACGUAACCUAAGAAUUAAUGAAGGUACUAUAAAGAUGUAAUACAUUAGUUAUGUAGGCCCUGAAUCUCAUUUACAGUAAAGGUGCUUUGUCUUGCUGUGAUUAAAUCAAGUAUAAUUUCUCCAGUGGAGUAAAAGGUUGUAAGUUUCAGACAAGCUUAUGGCUUUUUUAAUUUUUCAGCCAUAUUUUCAAUUGGCUUAGUAUAAUCUGCAGACUGUUUGUGAUUAUAAAGUAUUUUGUCUCCAAGCAACUUGUAGCACUGCAAUAAAGUACAUUAAAGAAACAA